AUGGAGCGAAAAAACCUACACUCUGAUAGACGUGCAGCAUACGUACAACAAAGCAUGGUUGCAAACUCGUCUGGGAGUGAAGAAGCACAAAAAAAGCCUGCGCGUCCCUCACGGAGUCCGUUGACGGCCUCGCCAUAUCGAUUGCCUAUAUCUCCCGCGUCUUUCUAUAAAAGUCCCACGCAAUCAGGAAAAGAGAAACGCACGAAUAAUGAAUUCUCUGAAUCUCAAUCAGCGAAAUGGAGACGUUUGAUGCACAGCGCUGAUGAUAGUCAUGACGAAAUUGACUUUCUGACACCCCGGCCAGGUCUACACGAGCGUAUGCGUGGAAAGUUGCCGAAACGUGCCCCAACGAUUCAAAAAACAGAUUCAGUUGUAAGCAUUUGUGUCAAAUUGCGAGCUUUGUUCGUUUCAAACUCCUAUGGCUCUACCUCAAGCGGCCUGGAGCUUGUUUGCUUUCAGUCCCACAUGGCUCUUUUACACGACUUGACAGAAUGUGCAAAGGUAUCACUUCGUGAUAUUCAAGCAAUACAAUUGGGUGGAACAGAACAUGCUUUAUUGGCAUUGCAUGUAUCAACAAAAGGCACUAGUGCGCGUAGUAUCGCGUCGUUGUGUGGUGAAAUACAUUUGGACACACAUGCAUUAUUGGUCUUUGUGCAGCCCAAUGAUCCAAAAUGGCCUGCUUUGUAUGAAAGAUUAAAUUCCUGCUUUUCUGCAGAAAUUUUGAACGAGAGAGCAUGUUGUUCUUUGUAUAAUGACGCGAUACGAUCGAACACUAAGCCGUUUCAUAUAUCUGGAAUGAGCCAGUCGAGACAAGCGCCACGAAAACCCACCCCUAUCGUGAUCGGUGAAAAACGAGAAAUCACUAGUUCAAUGGCUCCUGCAGUAGAAGACUCAUCUUUUGUCCAUCAAACUCGUGCUCGGGUAAGAUCCGAACAAUCGCUUAAAGAAGCCAAACAGACGAAACCUAUUCUUCGAUACCCUACCUCUGGACCAUUUGCAGUGACGCUGCUACAAUGCGACUUAGAACGCCUUAAAGAAGGAGAAUACCUCAAUGACACGAUGAUUGAAUUUGGACUUCGUUAUCUGUUGGAGCGAAUUAAACAAAAUAAUCCCUCACUUGUACAGCAAAUCCAUGUAUUCAACACGUUUUUUUAUCAUAAACUUACAGAAAGUCGCGAUCGAAGCAAGACUUAUGAACAUCUCAGAAAAUGGACAAACAAGGUAAACAUUUUCGAUAAGAUGUAUGUUGUCGUACCCAUCAAUGAGCAUUUGCAUUGGUAUAUGGCUAUAAUUGUAAAUCCUAAGGCGAUAAUAAACGAGCGUCCAGUGUCGUUGGCAGGCUCACCCAUUCGUCGCUCUAGUCGCACAUCGACAGAAGAUCCCGCAGCCUCAGGUGUAUCGGGCUCUUCAGGCCCCCAAUUGGGAAGCUGCUCUGUAAAUCAUGCAUCAGAACACGGAGACAAGGUCGGUCAAAAUCCUUCAGACUUCAAAGAAGAGCAAUCGUAUGUUAUGGUGCUUGAUAGUCUAGGAAUCACACACGGUCCUGUCAAAACAGCUUUGCGAGACUAUUUGCGCCUUGAGGCGCGUGAUAAAGGUCAUGUAAGACCAGACGUGGAUUUAAAACGACUCGGGGAUCCUCUGCAUGUGGAUGUUCGUGUGCCUGACCAGCCGAACUUUAGUGACUGUGGCAUAUAUCUAUUGCACUAUUUCGAUCGUUUUUUCUCUGAUCCGGUCCUUUUUACAGAGAUCUCUCUGGCUGCUAGGCGCAAUUCGAAAACAGAAGUUCCUAUUCACGAUGCAUGGCGAAGUGAAGAAGUGACUUCAAAACGAACCUGGUGGGCCUCGAUCGUGACUGACCUGGCUAAAGAUUAUUCCUCUUAG